AUGGAAAACCCGCCGCUCGCGUCACUGUCUUUGACGCAUGUACAUUAUAACCCCGCAGACCGCAUCUCGUACCUCUGCGCAUGGCUCGCGCUCGUACCCCAAGGGCUCUGCGUGAUAUACGCGACCCUGAUAUGGAGCAACCGCGAGAUCGAGAUCAUGCUGAUGUUCGCGGGGCAGAUGGCAUGUGAAGCCUUCAAUUGGAUUUUAAAACGCUUGAUCAAGGAGGAGCGCCCGCGGGAAAUGCACGGCAAAGGCUAUGGUAUGCCUUCUUCGCACGCCCAAUUCGUCGUCUUCUUUUCCGUCACGUUGACCCUCUUCCUUCUCUUCCGCCACGUCCCCCACCCGACCGAAACGCAUACGCCUUUCUCCUUCUUCCAGCGCUUUAUUCUUUCGGUGCUUGCACUGAUUUCGGCUGCGGCUGUUGCUGUGAGCCGGAUAUACUUGAAUUACCACACUCCGAAGCAGGUCCUGGUUGGGUGUCUCGCAGGUGCUGUAUGCGCUGUGGUGUGGUUCGGCAUCACGACGUACCUGCGAAAAUCUGGGUGGGUGGAGUGGAUAUUGGAAACGGAAUUGGCACGCCUCUUUAGGGUGCGGGACCUGGUAAUACAGGAGGAUCUGGUGGAUUCGGGCUGGGCACGCUGGGUCGAGAGAAGACGUAAACGGCAGCCAACAUUACAGGUGCAAGCCAAGAAAACAAGGUAA